CUGGCGUCUGAUCGAGCUGGAUUUAACGGCACGAAGCUGCAACAUCCAACUCCUGCCGCAUUUCCCUUCUUUGUCCGUCCUGUGUGAGCCGCCAUCCUGACCCGCUGCUUUCCGUGCGCACCCACCGGUGUGCUUAUAUCUGAGCUUGGUGCUGAGCUUCAAACAUACAUAUAUGUGAUCUUCCGCUGAGUGAUCGCCGGGUAAAUUCGAACUCUGCAAGAGGCCUUAGCUUCAACCUUGCUCUCUGUCGUAUUCUCGGCUUGCAUAUAAUCAGCACGGCUUCAUCUCCUAGUCACCUGUCAAGUCACUAGUCAACACCACAAUUCAGGAUGCACGUUCACAUCUUGACUGUUGUCGUUGCUUUCUUGGGCUUCGUCUACGGUCUUCCGGCCUACGGUCCGCGCAGCAGCUGGCUCUCCUUGCCUCCGCCUUCGAAGCGAGCCGUGACCUGUCCAGGCACAGGCCAGAAGCAGUUCCUCCCCACGCUCAGAACGAUCAAUGACCCAACCACCGAUCCAAAGAUGUUCCAUGUCGCCAAUACCACAGCCGUGGUCAACCAGGUAGCAACGUUCUCAAACAUUCCCGCAACUGCUAGCAACUUCGUCCUCUGGUGGGCACAGUCAGCUUCGCCGCCGGACUUCAGAGUCAUUGGCGGCGGAACCGUCGCCGUCUAUGCUCUUGAUAGCUCUAAACUGCCCAGAGAUGGAGCACUGACGCCGCAGGCCGUCGACGCCGCAGUGGACGCUGGCCUUGGGAUUCCCGGAACCGGCGGUCGAGUGGGCGGAGCGGCGUUUGGUGGUUGGCCUGCUGUCAAGACGGCGCAGGAUCACCUCGUCGGUCAGCUCAACGCCGGCAACAGAGCCGAGUUCAGCUUUAAGCUGUCGCUGGAGGACGCCUCCGACAUCUGGUUGCUUCAAGACCAGCAGAACGGCUGGUUUUUGCGCUACGACUGUUGAGCUGACCAAACGGGCGGAUGCAAUGGUUAGGUCCUUGCUUGGCUUCGGAUGGCUCCAAGGGAGUGACUUGUGAAGGGGGGAAACAAAUGGGUGCUUUGUGAAGCGUCAAGCUUACACAUAUAUCGAUUGGGGAAAAAAAAUCAGGCACAUUAUGAUCUGUAUGAGGGCAUUGGUAUGGCGUUGGUGACGAGAAAUGGACCUUCCCGCUACAUCCUUGGCUGGCGAAUGGACGAAACACGUCCACAUGUGAAGCAGAGGUGAAUAAUAAU